UUCGCUGCUCUCUUUACUUUUGAGCAGACGAGCUGAUGCCGAACUAGAAUUAAAGUCCUGCAUUCCUCCAUUCGUUCCUCGGGACAACGCGCAUUUCCGCCCCAGGGGCAGGAAAAAACACAUGGCUUCUAGGGUGAUCCCGGAAGUUCAUGACAGAACAGAAGACUAGCUAUACACAAAAUUCAUACCUCUAUGGACAUGCGCGUAGCCCCAUUUCCGCUUCCAGGUUGGCUUUUCCCAACAGAACCAGGAAGGGAGAGAAGUGUUGCUUGUUUUUUUUAAUCAUCAUCAUCAUGGGGAAGACGGAUUUCUUAAGCCCGAAGGCUAUCGCCAACCGCAUCAAGUCGAAGGGGCUGCAGAAGCUGCGCUGGUAUUGCCAGAUGUGCCAGAAGCAAUGCCGGGAUGAGAAUGGCUUUAAAUGUCACUGUAUGUCAGAAUCUCACCAGAGACAGCUGCUGCUUGCUUCUGAAGAUCCUCAGCAAUUCAUGGACUACUUUUCAGAGGAAUUCCGGAAUGAUUUCUUAGAGCUUCUCAGGAGAAGAUUUGGAACGAAGAGAGUCCACAAUAAUAUAGUGUACAAUGAAUAUAUUAGUCACCGGGAACACAUCCAUAUGAAUGCCACCCAGUGGGAAACCUUGACAGAUUUUACAAAGUGGUUAGGAAGAGAAGGCUAUUGUAAAGUGGAUGAAACUCCCAAAGGCUGGUACAUCCAGUACAUCGACAGGGACCCGGAAACAAUCCGUAGGCAGCAGGAGCAAGAGAAGAAGAAAAAGCAGGACCUGGACGAUGAGGAGAAAACAGCCAAGUUCAUUGAAGAGCAAGUCAGGAGAGGCUUGGAGGGGAAAGAACAGGAGGAGCCAGUCUACACCGAACUAAACAGAGAAAACGAUGAAGAGAAAGUGGUGUUUAAUUUGAACAAAGGAGCAAGUACGUCCACAGCGGCACACCCUAAAGCCAGUUUGCUUGGGCCGAGCACGCUGAAACCAGCAGCAACAGCACCAACAGUUAAACGCAAAGAAACCCCUAAUUCGGGGCACUCUAAAGAGAAGAAGAAGAAAUCAGCACUUGAUGAGAUUAUAGAGUUUGAAGAAGGGAAGAAAAAAUCCCACCGGACCGACUACUGGCUGCAGCCUGAAAUUGUCGUCAAAAUUGUAACAAAGAAACUUGGUGAGAAAUACCAUAAGAAGAAGGCAGUUGUUAAGGAAGUGAUUGACAAAUACACAGCAGUUGUCAAGGUGCUUGAUUCCGGAGAUAAACUGAAACUGGAUCAGACACAUCUGGAGACUGUGAUCCCAGCCCCAGGCAAAAAGGUGCUGGUUCUAAAUGGAGGCUACAGAGGAAAUGAAGCUACUCUAGAGUGCAUCAAUGAGAAGACAUUUUCAGCCACUAUACUCAUUGAAUCUGUAUUCUUCGUGCUGGAUAUGUGGUGGAUUUAUUGGAGCAGGUCCUGAGGGACCUCUGAAAGGCCGUCAAGUUGAAGGCAUACCCUACGAAGACAUUUCCAAGUUGGCCUGAGUUGGCUGAAAGCUAAUGGACACUGGGAAAUAUCCCGACUCAAGCCAUCUCAAACUAUGAACGUCACUGCAAUGCCAGUAGCUAGAUGUUGAUUGCUGGAGAACAGAGAGUCUGCCAGAAUAACUGCAGGCAUGCAUUUAGACAUCUUUUUCUCUCUGUCAGGUUCUCCACUACUUGACCAUGUGGAUACAUUGUCUUUGUAAAUAGAUUUGUAAAAAAAGAAGUGCAUACCUACUUGUACAGUGUAUUUUUAAUGUCCUCUAAAAAUGAGCAAAUUUU